AUGGAGACUGGGAUAACUUCUUAUACCGAAGCUUUUUCAGAAAUCAGAAAACUUGGAAAUGUUAGUGAAGUUUACGAAAAAAUGUUUGAUGAAGUGGAUAAAAGUUAUUUAGAAAAUGUUCAACACGUCAUAUCGAUAGGACCCGGACCGGGAUUCAAUGAUCUGGCUUUCUUGAAAAAAUUGACUCCUAAUUUGAAACAUUUCACUGCAAUCGAAACUGAUGAAUCAUGCUUAGGCGAAUUGUCUAAAAACGUUGAGAAGUUUCUUCCAAGGGAUGUGAACAUUAAGAUCUAUCAAAAGGGUGCUCAGUAUUGGGCAGGUCCCAGUCCAGAAGAGGCCAAAGCUGAUCUGGUUCUCAUGUUUCAUGCCACAUACUAUUUUAAUAAGAAGGAACGAAUUGAUAUAUAUAAAAAAUGUUUCAACAAUUGGUUAAAAGCAGAUGGAAAAUUAUUUAUCAUGAAUAACAAGGACAUACAUGGAACCACUACGACCAACUUCAUGAACGACAUCUACCGAGAAACAGGCCGGAAACCUCAGGUGGAGUCCUUCAUAAUCAAACAGGAACUAAAUAAGCUUGGAUACAUUAUUGAUAAAGUUUACGACUAUGAACAUUACCACGAUUUGAAACUUCUGAACGAUCUCGUUGUUGCAUUCAUUGUAAAGGUUGCAGAUCCUCCUUAUGAAAACGACAAAAUGGUGAGGAAAGCCCUGAAGAAACUCGUCGAUGAAAAUAAACAAGGCUACACAUACGGCGAUCUUUUCAGCGUCAUCAGAAAGACGUAG